AUGGCGCCUCCGUUCAUUGCUGGCGGCAACUCUGGCAGUCGGUCAAAAGCAACAGGUCCUCCUCCCAGACGGUCGUAUUCAAGCGUCUCUCGUCGCGAGCUAUCGUCGACGCCAGACGUGGAUGAUGACGAAAUGCCAGAUGGGAACUAUGAAGUUCGCCAAGACUCUGAUGCUGAGAGCGAAGAAGACGAUGGACGCGAAUGGCAAUUCGACAAUGAGAACAUGGGCGAGUUCAUAGACAAUGAAGGCAAUAAGUGGCAUGUCAACAGUAUUGAUCUGGUCACUUGGUACGAUUGGCGGAGCAAAAAGACCGGUCUGCAGUCGACAUGGGUGAACUCGAGCCAGUUCAGAGAAUCUGCGCCGCGGGCUGUGAUGAAUCAUGAGAAUAAACACAGGCGGGAUCGGCUCGACAUAGCCGCCAAAUCGACUUCUAUCAUAUUAUCUGAAGUUUGUUCUCGCGUUUGGCACUCCAUCGAGAAUAGGGAGCACAAGGCUGCUCUAAUGGAGAAACUGGAUACUGCGCCUUUCUACGAUCCUGAAGAGAUCUGGGCUGAUUUGCCACAAUCAAAUGAGAAUGCCGUCGACCAAGCCCCUGCUUCAAGCGCAAGCACGACAAGGACCCCAGGGCCAGUUUCGAGUGCGGCAAACCGACAAACUGGGUCGCGUGCCAGAAGACGUCGAGUGUACUCGAAUAAUGGGACGAAGGCCAAAUUUGAGGGGCGAGCUGCCACUCCCGAAGGCAUGCCAUACCCGGUUCGCACACACAAGUAUAAAGAUAUCACUGCGAGGCGUCCUGCUGAAUCCACAUUGGCGGCAGUUCCUGAUACUCCUAUACGAUUUCGAACCUCCCGUCUGCCUGGCGAGGUGGAUCCAUUUGCGGCUGAAAAUGAGGUGAUUUCGUUGGGCGAUUCGAUCGAUUCCGAUGAGGAUCACCUGGACAUCUCGGAACAAAAUAAUAAUGCGGAGGACGAAGGCAUGGACAUUGACGUGCCCGACGAAGACGGUAUCCGCAGGGGCAACCGCCGAAAGCCCCAACAUUCGGCGGUCCCAAUUUUGAAGACAACCCGACGGGACUCGAACUCGUCUCACGAGAUGUCACCCCAUCAUUUCCGUCCAGCGGGUCCCAGAGCCGAACUCCAGCCUGAGUGGGACAAGAAGACAGUGAGAGCGAAGGCUGCCAAGAUUGUGAUCUGCGGAAAGAAUGUGCGUGACAGGGAGAGUAUACCGGACGUCCCGCUGCGUUUUGUUUACAUGGAGAAUGAUUACAUAUACUCAGCAUCGACAUACGACAUCGAUCCCAAGCAUCUUGCGGAAGACGACUUCUCAGUUUGCCAUCAUGGCACCGACUGCAAAAAUCCACCAGAGGGCGAUUGCUGUAUUCGUAGAAAGCGCAACAUGGACGCAUCAUUGGCGUACGAUAAUCAGGGACGGUGGCGAUUCAAGAUUGACAAGUUCGUCAAAGUUUUGGAGUGCAAUAGGUUCUGCGAGUGUGAUAAGAAGAUUUGCCCCCACUCUGUCUCACAGCGACCACGGCAGCACGUAAUUGAGCUUUUUGACACUGGCGUCUACGGAUGGGGUGUUCGCACUCCGAAAGAUCUACCCCGUGGCACCAUUCUGGGGAUCUUUACUGGUGAAUUGAUAACUCGCGCAAUUGCUGAGGAUAGGGAAGCCGCAAGUUCCGAUUCAUCGUACAUUUUCGACCUGGAUCAUGAUGAAGGGGAGGAUGAUGAUACUAAUACCUCAGGGUGGUCAGUAGACGCGCGAGAGUGUGGAAAUUGGACUCGAUUCAUCAACCAUUCAUGCUCACCCAAUCUGGAGACGUACACGGUGCAAUUCGAUGCACCCUACAUGAGCGAGCACCCUGGAAAGCUAGUGUUUGUCACGAGCAAGUCAAUCGACGCCGGAACCGAGCUGACGCUUGAUUACUAUCCUCAAUAUGACCCUAGAAUUGGUCGUCCGCCUGGUCGUAAAUCAUGCCAUUGCAGAGAGAGGAACUGCAGGGGCUGGCGCUGAAGGGGCGAGUGUUGGUAUGCUGAUAUUGAUGAUUGUCCGAGCCUCAGCCUGAAGAGAGGGGCAGAAGCAGUGUACCCUAUGAUGACAUAUUGUUAUAACGAUUCUAGACGUUACUGG